GCCAGUAGCCGUCCGAUCAAAGGAGAGCGUCUAGGACAGGGGAGGGGGAAUUACAUGCGUCGUUCUCUUUCGCCGAUUCUCUUUCAUCUACUGCUUUUAUUUUUUUGAAUUUUUAAUUCUGUUUUAGAAAAAUAAAUGGAGUUGCAAAUCAAGGUUGCGCAGGCUGUUCACGUCCUCAAUCACGACUCGCAAUCCUCCAACCGCGUUGCUGCAAAUCAAUGGCUGGUCCAGUUUCAGCAGACCGACGCCGCCUGGGAGGUCGCCACCUCCAUCCUCACCUCGGAUCACCACCAUCUCCGCCGACUUCAUCCGACUUUCUCCGAUUUCGAGGUAGAGUUCUUCGCUGCGCAGAUUCUCAAACGAAAGAUUCAAAAUGAAGGAUAUUAUUUGCAGUUAGAAGCUAAAGAUGCCUUGCUAAAUGCCCUCCUUGUGGCUGCCAAGAGAUUCAGUUCUGGCCCUCAACAGCUCUUAACACAAAUCUGUCUUGCGCUGUCUGCACUUCUGCUUCGUGCUCUAGAGCAUAGAAAACAUAUCGAGCAGCUUUUCUACAGUCUCCAGAAUCUGCAAAGCCAGGGUGAUGGGAAUGUUGCUGUACUGGAGAUGCUCACUGUUCUACCAGAAGAAGCAGUUGAGGAUCAAAGAACUGAUUGUAGCAUAAGUUCUGCUUGCAGAUGCCAGUACAGCCAAGAGCAGCUUCUCUUGCAUACUCCUAUGGUUCUUGAAUUCCUACUGCAGCAAUCCGAGAAAAGGUUUGAUGGUGGUAUUCAACUACAUGAAAUGAACAGAAAAAUUUUGCGUUGCUUGCUGAGUUGGGUUCGAGCAGGGUGCUUCUUAGAGAUUGCCCCAAGCGUGCUGCCUACUCAUCCACUUCUUAAUUUUGUUUUCAACUGUUUGCAGGUUUUGCGUUCAUUUGAUCUUGCGAUUGAAAUUCUUGUGGAGCUUGUGACUCGACAUGAGGGGCUACCCCAAGUUUUGCUAUGUAGGAUACAAUAUAUCAAAGAAGUACUUCUUCUACCAGCUAUUACUAAUCACGAGGGGAAAGUAAUUAGUGGUCUUGCCUGUUUGAUGUCAGAAAUUGGGCAGGCUGCACCAUCUCUGAUUGUAGAAGCCAGCGCUGAAGCACUUGCAUUGGUAGAUGCACUAUUGAGUUGUGUAGCAUUUCCAAGUGAAGAUUGGGAGAUUGCCGAUUCAACUUUGCCAUUUUGGUGUAGUGUUGCAAGCUAUAUUCUUGGACUUGGUAUUGACAGUGGGAAAGACAGGGAAAAUGGGGAAGACAUUUUUUUAUCUGUCUUCUCAGCAUUGCUUGAUGCUCUUCUAUUGCGUGCUCAGGUGGAUGAUUCUACAUAUAAUGAUGAGAGUGGAACAGUUGACUUGCCAGAUAGCUUGGCACAUUUUAGGAUGAAUCUAGUGGAACUUUUGGUGGAUAUUUGUCAGCUUUUAAAAUCUUCUACGUUUGUGAAGAAGCUUUUCUUCGGCGGCUGGGCAUCUGCGAAUGUACAUAUUCCUUGGAAGGAGGUAGAAAGCAAGAUGUUUGCUCUUAAUGUGGUUGCUGAAGUAGUUCUACAGGAAGGGCAAGCCUUUGAUUUCUCUGUGAUUAUGCUGUUGGUGACAGUUCUCUCCAAUAAGGCUUCUGAUGAGCUCAAGGGUUUCAUGUGCAUUGUUUACAGAUCAGUGGCAGAUGUAGUUGGAUCCUACUCUAAGUGGAUAUCUGCUUUCCGAACAGACGCUAGACCAUUACUAUUAUUUCUUGCUACAGGGAUUUCAGAACCUCUGUCUUCAAGUGCUUGUGCUUCUGCCUUGCGUAAAUGUUGUGAAGAUGCUUCUGCUGUAAUUUGUGAACCUUCAAACUUGGAAAUCUUAGUAUGGAUAGGAGAGGGUUUGGAGAAAAAGCAUUUACCUUUGGAGGAUGAGGCAGAAAUUGUUAGUGCAAUUACUUUGAUUAUUGGUUCUAUUCCUAACAAAGAGCUAAAGAACAACUUGCUGGCUAGACUGCUUUCUUCGAGCUUUGAAGCUGUGGGGAAACUUAUUGAUGAAGAUAAAACUCAGCCCCUGAAAGAAAAGCCAGCCACUUACAUGCAAAUUUUGGACUCUGCAGCAAGAGGAUUGUACAGGAUGGGAACUGUAUUCAGUCAUGUUGCACCAAUUCUGCCUACUUGUCCCACUGCAGAUGAUCCUCUUCUUGUACUACUGAGUGUUUUUUGGCCCAUGCUAGAGAAACUUUUUAGUUCUGAACACAUGGAGAAUGGUAAUGUGUCAACAGCAGCUUGCCGGGCUCUUUCACAAGCAAUUCAGUCAUCUGGCCAGCACUUUGUUACAUUGUUGCCCAAAGUACUAGAUUUCCUAUCAACAAAAUUUAUGUCCUUCCAAAGUCAUGAAUGCUACAUUAGAGCAGCUUCCACCGUCAUUGAAGAAUUUGGUCAUAAAGAGGAAUAUGGAGCUCUAUUUGUCAGCACUUUUGAAAGAUUUACUUGUGCAGCAUCAGUGAUGAGUCUCAAUUCUUCAUAUAUAUGUGACCAAGAGCCUGAUCUGGUGGAGGCCUACACGAAUUUUGCAUCUACAUUUGUUCAUGGCUCUCCAAAGGUUUCUUGGAGGUUGGCCUUGCCUCUUUGUUGGAAUCUAGGACAAAUAUCUGUGAAGGAUCAUUCAGUGCCAUGGUUAUUCAGAUCGUAUCUCGCAGUGGCGAGGGACUUGUAUCAAAUGUGGUGUAUGCCUUGCUUGGUGUUUCAGCAAUGUCAAGGGUUCACAAGUCUGCAACAAUCAUGCAACAAUUAGCUGCGGUUUGCAGUUUAAGCGAGAGAACGACGUGGAAAGCUAUACUUGGCUGGGACUCUUUGCGUGGAUGGUUACACUCAGCGGUCUCUCUCACUCUCUCUCUCACACACAUAAAAAUUGCACAUAUAUAUACAACAUAGCAGCUAAAAAAUCUGCAUCAAAGUGAGUGGGAUUGGGUGGUCAAAUUUUCAAGUUAAAUGGUGACAUGCAUACUAUGGAACUAUGAAUCCAAAACAUGUUACUUAUAGAAAACAAUGUCUAUAAAAGAUUGUAUUUAGCUUAUUUAUACAUGUUAGCCCGUUGGUUUCAUUGGUUCUUUUUAAACAAAUAAGCUUGGAACAUACCAUAGCUAGCCUAUUGUCUGCUCUGAUGUUCGUUUUAAGUGGCAGCCAGUAUGUAGAUUACAUUGGUGGUAGUCUCUCAAGAGUAUGGCUUGGAAAUGUGAUAUGGAUCCUUCAACUGAGACAUGCCAACUGUUAUUGUACUGACCAGACCACAAUAAAAUAAAAGAAAAACAUGUGAAUGACUUGAAACUAAAUUGGGAACUGCUAGAGCAUUGGCACUGUGCUAUUAAGAGAGUAGUGCUACAGUAGGCUUUGGUCCAUCAAUCAUCCAUCUUGAAAAGGAACUUGUUUCUAAUGAAGGAGCCUUGGCAGGUUGAGCAUUUAUUUUGUGGAUAAAUCUGCUGUAGCUCAUCUGCUUCAAUCCAAAUGCUUCCACUAGAUAGAUUACCCAAUCACUUUACCCAAAUUUGCUUAUUCUGGUUGCCUCUCUGUACUUAACAUCUAACACUUCUUUAAUAUCAUCUAGUUGUACCUUGGGUAAUUGCUAAAUUUGAUCUGGAACUGCAACCACUUCUCUAUCAAUUCCCUCAAUUCCUUCAUUUGAGUGUAGAUCACUGACAUUGAAGAUUAAUGGUUGUCUUUUUUAAUCAGAUGGCAACCCUAUCUGAUAGGAAUAGGAACUAAUCUUCUUUAGCACCUUCUAUGGUCCCAUUUUCUCAACUUGAAUUUGUGGAAAGUGCCUCCAGGAAAUCAAUCUUGCCUUAGGUGCAUAAGUACCAAGUGCCCCUUUCAAAGUCUUUAGCUGUCAGUAUUGAUUGGAUGUGGCCACAUAAGAGUUGUUGGUUGUUCAUUUCAUUUUUCUAAUUGAAUAUUUCCCCGUGAAAUUUGUUUCCUUUUUUAAUUUCAUAUUAUUUGACUUCUUGAAUUAUCAUCAGGUGCAAGCUUUACCAAUUGAGUACCUAAAGCAGGGGGAGGCAGAAACUUUAGUACCAGUUUGGUUGAAGGCCCUUGCCGAUGCAGCCUUUGAUUGUCUUGAGAGCAGAAGCUAUUGUGGAGGAAAGAGCAACCAUAGCCAUAUGCAGGGGAAAGGGGGAAAAGUUCUAAAACGUUUAGUCCGAGAAUUUGCUGAUAGUCAUCGCAAUGUUCCAAUGACUUGAUUGGCAAUACAAUGGCUGAUCUAGCAUGUAGCUCUGAGAGCUACCACGACACACCACCUGUAACAUUUUUUGUAAAUUGAUGAUUUAUUUUCAAGCUCAAUUGAUCUUUGGGCCUAUCAACUAGAAUAUUGUCUCCAGUAUGAUUUUUUUUCUUGGAAUUCGAUCUUUUUGUACAGGCAUCAUUUCCCUAGGGGAGAAAAGAUGGGGUGGGGGGUUGGUUUGGUGAGUAGUUGGAUAUACCUGAUGCCCAACUAUACAAGAGAUUAAAGACAUUUGUUGUUACUUUAAUACAAGUAUAUCUGUCAAGUUAAUAAUAGGAAUUUACAUUGUCCUUUUGUGGGUGAAA